AUGGCGACCUUUCUGGAGAAUGCCUACAGUCUGGUACACCAGGACAACGCGGCCGAUGUGCCUUCUGAGAAUGAGCUGAAGCAAUCUCUGGAGAAGGGUAGCGAUGAGCACAAGAUCGAGACUAUGAAGAAGAUACUCUCCAUCAUGCUCAAUGGCGACCCGAAGCCAGGUCUGCUGAUGCACAUUAUCCGCUUCGUCAUGCCCAGCAAGUCGAAACCGCUCAAGAAGCUCAUGUACUUCUUCUUCGAGGUUUGUCCCAAGCACGACGCACAAGGCAAGCUGCGACAGGAAUGGAUUCUGGUUUGCAAUGCGAUUCGCUUCGACUUGCAAGCGCCCAACGAAUACGUGCGAGGGAACACACUACGCUUCGUGACAAAGCUGCGAGAUGCCGAGCUGGUAGAGCCACUGCUGCAACCGGUGCGCCAGUGCCUCACCCACCGACAUGCCUAUGUCCGCAAGAACGCGACCUUCGCCAUCGCCUCCAUCUUUACUCACCUACCUGAGCUUAUGCCAGAUGCGCCCGACCUCCUGACCACCUUCCUCGAGGACGAGAGUGAUCCGACUUGCAAGCGCAACGCAUUUGCUGCCCUCGUCUCGGUGAGCCACGAAAAGGCUUUGGAAUACCUCAGCACCGUCUUCGAUGCGAUUCCAAACCACGAGGAGCUUCUGUUGCUUGCAGAACUCGAAUUCAUCCGUAAGGAUGCUAUCGUCAACCCUUCAAACAAGGCGCGGUAUCUCCGACUCAUCUUUGACCUCCUCGAAUCCCAGGUGUCGACCGUCAUCUACGAAGCCGCACAUGCACUUACGACCCUCACUAGCAAUCCUGUUGCCGUCAAGGCAGCAGCAGGCAAAUUUGUUGACCUCGCAAUCAAAGAGCCGGACAACAAUGUGAAGCUGAUCGUAUUGGAGCGCGUCGACCAAUUACGGAGCAAGAACGAGGGAGUUUUGGACGAUCUCACCAUGGAGAUUCUACGAGUCCUAUCAAGCACAGAUUUGGACGUGCGGAAGAAGUCGCUCAAGAUUGCCAUGGAAAUGAUCUCAAGCCGGAAUGUCGAAGAGGUCAUUUUGCUCUUGAAGAAGGAGCUGAUGAAAACUGUCGAUGAACAGUACGAAAAGAACUCCGAGUACAGAUCUCUCCUCAUCUCCUCGAUACACUCCGCUGCCAUCAAGUUCCCAGAGGUCGCCGCUAGUGUGGUCGGAUCUCUUAUGGACUUCAUCUCGGAUGUCAGCAGCAACGCUUCUGCGGUUGAUGUCAUCUCCUUCGUCAAGGAGGUGGUGGAACGUUUUCCUGAUCUUCGGCCCUCCAUUAUUGAGCGUCUUGUCUCUACUCUUGGCGAAGUACGCGCCGGCAAGGUUUACCGCGGAGUACUUUGGAUUAUUGGUGAAUUCUCGUUAGAAGCCAAGGACAUACGCGAUGCGUGGAAGGGUAUUCGCUCUUCUUUGGGAGAGAUCCCCAUCCUUGCAUCCGAACAAAGAUUGCUGGAUGAGGCGUCCGAAGGCAGGGAGAGCGAUGAACAGGUCAAUGGACACGCAAAGUCAACAGCUGCGCCCACAGGGUCACGAAAGGUUCUCGCCGAUGGUACCUACGCGACCGAGAGUGCACUCACAUCUUCCGCCGCCGCCAAAGCUAAGCUAGAAGCUGUCAAGAACUCGCAGAAGCCUCCACUACGCCAGCUCGUCCUUGAUGGUGAUUACUACCUCGCUACUGUCCUCUCCAGCACCCUCACGAAGCUUGUUAUGCGUCACGCUGAGCUGUCCCAGGACACAGCACGCACAAACGCCCUCCGCGCAGAAGCAAUGCUGAUUAUGAUUUCCAUCAUUCGCGUUGGUCAGUCCCAAUUCGUCAAGACGUUUAUCGAUGAGGAUUCCGUCGACCGUAUCAUGUCAUGUGUGCGUUCGCUGUCAGAAUUCGCGCAAAGAAAAGAGCUUCAGACUGUCUUUUUGGAAGACACUCGGAAGUCGUUCCGUACCAUGGUCCAGACGGAAGAAAAGAAGCGCGCGGCUAAGGAGGCUUCUGAGAAGGCAAAGUCUGCAGUUAACGUUGACGACUCGUUCAAUAUCCGUCAAUUGAAGAAGAAGGACGCAGACGGCAGCGACGAGGUCGGAGAGGAUCUGGAACGUGCCACUGGAGGCGACACUGCAACCGAGGAUAUGACCUCUAAACUGAGCCGUGUCGUACAGCUUACUGGAUUCUCCGACUCGGUCUAUGCCGAGGCUUAUGUCAAGGUCCAUCAAUUCGAUAUCGUGCUCGACGUGCUUCUGGUCAACCAGACGACCGAGACGCUGCAGAAUUUGACCAUCGAGUUCGCCACGCUUGGUGAUUUGAAGGUCGUCGAAAGGCCAUCGACGCAAAACGUUGCUCCUCACGACUUCAUCAAUAUCCAAGCUACCAUCAAGGUCUCGUCUACUGAUACUGGUGUUAUCUUCGGGAACAUAAUAUACGAGGGUGAGAAAGGAGUGGACUCCAACGUCGUCAUUCUCAAUGACGUACAUGUGGACAUUAUGGACUACAUCAAGCCGGCGCAAUGUACAGAAACGCAGUUCCGCACGAUGUGGACCGAGUUCGAAUGGGAAAACAAAGUCAAUAUCAACUCCAAGACCAAGACGUUGCGCGAGUUCUUGAAGCAGCUCAUGGCAUGCACAAACAUGAGCUGCUUGACACCUGAGGCAUCGAUGAAGGGCGACUGUCAAUUCUUGUCGGCCAACUUGUACGCCAGAAGCGUCUUCGGCGAGGAUGCUCUCGCCAACUUGAGUAUAGAAAAGGAAGGCGAAGAUGGCCCAAUCACGGGUUUUGUGCGUAUCCGAAGCAGAUCACAGGGGCUGGCUUUGAGCUUGGGUUCGUUGAAGGGGUUGAACAAGGUUGGGGUUGCAUGA